AGCUGCUGUUGUAAACCUUGUCGAAGCACAUGUUCCCGUGCUCGGAAAAUUCUCAGAGUCGUUCCUAUGCUCCCGAAAGAUCUGUUAGUAAUGGUUAUGCAGAAGCAUCAGAAGUACUUUGCGUUGACGGACACGAACGGAAGUUUGUUGACGUAUUUCAUUGCUGUUGCAAAUGGAGCGAUUAAUGAAUCAGUUGUUAAGAAAGGAAAUGAAGCUGUACCCAGAGCUCGAUACGAAGAUGCUAAGUUCUUUUAUGAAUUGGACACUAGUAAAAGGUUUUCGGAGUUCCGGGGUCAACUGAAUGGAAUUCUUUUUCAUUUUUUCCCUACUCUUCGUAUUGACAAAAUAACAUGUAUAUGUCUGGUCUCUCUCUCUAAAAAGAUGAAAUUUACGGGAGAAACUUGGAACGAUGGAGGACAAAAUGAUACGGGUCGAGAGUACCGUUAGUGAACUCGGGUCGGCCCUAGGGCUAAGUGAAGAUAAGCUUUAGAUUGUUCGUGAAACUGCAUCACUCGCUAUGUCUGACCUCUCAGCUGCUGUUGUUACGGAAUUUACGUCUUUAUCAGGAAUAAUGGCACGCCACUAUGCUCUUCGUGAAGGAUACUCGCAACAGGUUUCCGACGCAUUGUUUGAGAUUACAAGCAGCAUGAAUAAAACACUUGGAGAAUCAUACAACAUCAGAACCGGCCACCCAGUCACAAAUUUUCUCCUCAUCACAACAGCAGUAAUGUGGCCACGAACCCAUGAUGCAAAUUUGCAGCACUUUUAAGUCUAAAACAGUGAGUAUGUGGACUUAAAGAAAACAGUCUUGAAAUAGUUAUUAGUUUACGUGUAAAGUCGUUUUCCUUUGUAACUUUUGUAGAUAGGUUUUGAUUAGAAGUUAAUAUUUAUAAUUAGUAUUACUAUUUAAAUUAAAAACUUAUAUA